AUGAUUGUCGUAAACUUUUAUGACAUAAUUUUACGUUUAGAAAUUUUGCACAGUGAUCUAUGUUUGUGCCUUAUUAUGCCUGAUCUGAUGGAAACCAAAUAUUCUUAUGAAAAUGAUAUGCAUUUAACUUCUGAUGAUAAUGUACUUGAUUGUGAUGAAGAUUAUUCAUUGGAUAAUUAUAUAAAGACUAAUCUUGAUAACAAUCACCAAGUUAUGAUAUCUUCUGAGGAAAAUAUUUAUAUCAAGAAAAUGAAAAUUUUAAAAGAAACUUAUUGUACGGUAUUAGCAAGUAAUUAUUCUUUAAAAAAUAGAGUUUAUCAUGUUAAGAAACAAAUUAAUUAUUUGAGAAGAUUGAAAAGAGUAUUAUGUAAUUACCUUAGUGGCUUAAAUGAUAAAUUUCAAGAGGGGUAUUUGGAGAUUGAUGAUAAUGAUGUAGAAUGUAUUGGUUUAGAUGAAAUUAUUGGAAAUGUAGUUAAAGAUUGUAAAAUAGCGGCUGCAUUAUCAAAUAGAAAAAGAAAGAAUGCUCAUAGUGAUUUAAAUAAAAAGAAACAAGAUGAUUCAGUUUCAGAGGUGACAAAUGAUGAAACUGAUCAAACAGUAAAUGAAUAUAUUAAAGAAGAUUUUUAUAAAGCAUCACCUAUGGUAAAGAUUGAAUCACAAAGAAAUUUGCACGACAACAAAGAUAUGAUGUAUAAUAAUAUGAAUAUAAAUGAUCAUAUAAAAACUGAAGAAAAUUGUGAACCUCCAGAAAAGAAGAUGGCAAUAGAUUAUCAAAGCAAUCGUAAUGAGACAUCCAUUUCUGACAUGGAUUCUUCAGUAGAUCAUUUCAAUGAUUUUUUAAAAGAUGAAGAUGUUGAGUAA